AUGGACAGAGAUAGUCGUAAGGAGAUCGGUACUACUCAUGAACGUGAAGCGCCAUUGAUGACUCCAGAUAAUCCUAGAUUUCAUUUGCAUUUAGUGGCUAAGACAUCUCGGCCUUCAGAACGACCAAUAAUAAGAUCGACCAAAUGGGAGCGUCUCUCUUACUACAGGGCCCUAACAGCCACACCAUGCAAGACAGAGAUAAUUGUAAUGAAACAUGUGGAGUUGAAUGUGUGUAUUUGGUUUUAUGUACUGAAUGUGUUCUUUAUAACAUUGCCACAUUGUUUCGUCCAUUUUUUUAUGGCAACUUAUGCACCUGAAGAGCAUCUCUUUUUGAUUAAAAUGGUGCCCAUAUGCUUUGGUUUUAAAUAUUUGUUGGUUAUGGCAGGAUUUUGUGAGAUUCUUCUAUGUUUAGACACCGUAAUGAUGUUGUUUCAUUACUUAAUGGAUGGAAUUAUUAGGAAAAAUCCAUGGAACAGGUGUGAUACGAAAACUUACUACGAUGCACUUCUAAAUGUAACAAUUCAAUGUUACAAUUUACAAGAAUUUGCUGAAACAUUUAAAAAUGUAACAUUAGGAUACGAAAAGUCUUCUUAUGUGACACCAGACAAGAACUUUAUACAAAUAUCGCAGAUGGACUAUUAUAGGCAUUUAUUGCACUACAUGAAUGAGCUGGACGUAUUUCGAAACGCGUCCUACUUUUUCUUUUUAUUUCUUGGGAUCACUUUGUUUCAUCAAUUAGUUGAGACAAAAAUAUUUUGGAAGUUCCUGAAUGGAUGUCAGUGGGGAAUAAAUAUCGUUGAUCUGAUUACUUUCAUAUACUUGUUAGCGCAAAGCAGUGAAUUGACAGAAGAACAAAAAUUAGUCAUUAGAACUUCUGAAGUUAAUAGCCCUAGUAUAUUCAGCUCACAGUUUUGGUCUGCUGAUGUCGAUGUUAUAUCCGAAUCUAUAACAGCUCCAGCUGUCAUUCAUGUCUUGACCGCUAGAAGUACACAGGAGAUCUCACCAAGCACAGAUUCUGCAACCAUGGUGAUUUCAAAUGCACUAAUAUACUUGUUCAGAGUAGUGCUAUCGAAUCGUGUUCGAAUAUACGUUGAACGUCUUAUAUUAAAAGAGGUUCAUGUAGAAGAGUUUUACCCAAGAAACUAUUUCUUUUUUUGGACUAUGUUUUAUUCAAAUUUCUAUCUUGGUAAUAUAUUUACUGUAUUAUUCAUGGGAUUUUCUGGACUAAUGGAAUUUACAAUGAUUGUUGUGACUUAUCACUGUUUGAUACAAACAGUACGAUAUGAAUGGCCGACAAUAAGAAUAUAUGUAUUUAAAGGAAUUCUCUUAACUGUUGCUUUGUUCAUGUUUGUGCUUACUAGCAUUUGGACUAGAGCGAUGUUGUUCGUAUAUGGUAAAGGCAUAGCGACUAUGACAGAGUCCAUAUUUCUCUACUUACUAUACCCAGUGGGACGACUGGUCGAUGAUUACACGUUCCAUUACGGAGCGCCUCCAACUAAGUUGAGAAUUUUAAGUCUGCGAAUGGUACCUGUUUAUUACACGUUCAAAUUCUAUUUCCUCAUGAAAGCAGUUUGGAAUGUUCUAGAAGACGACAAGUAUGGAUCGUUAGUGCCACAUUACAAAUGGUCCUGGUUUAUCAUGUUGAUUCCACUCUUCGUUGGAGUACUGGUUGUGUCAUAUAAGUACUUGAUAAAACAACAUAUGACAUGCCAAUUUAUGUUUCGGCCGAUGCCUAAAUGGGGUCCCAAGGAGUUUUCUGAAAGACAACUUAGGAAGCAGUUCAGUUCCAGAUACUACAUCAGCUCAGAAGUGCCAAGAUUAUUGAGUCGUUACCUAAUGAUGAAGAGGGAAUCCAAAGUGUAUAAGGUGGAUGUUCGCUAUGAUGUCCAGAGGAGGUCCACAGUCACCAAAGCUGUAGGGUUUGGAGCUAUUAAUGGUGAUAAAAAGAAAAUUUAA